AUGGCUGCAGUGAACCCGUCUGUGUUCCUGCUCACGGUGAACGGACAGAUCGAAGGAGCAAAUUUUCCCGAGUAUGACAACUUGUACUGCAAAUACUGUUAUGUGUUUGGCCACGACUGGACUCCGACAUCGGGUCUGGAGGAGGGCAUCACACAAAUCACCUGCAAAGGAAGCCUGUCAGAUAAAUUAAUAUGGAACUUUCCCCUGGAGACGACGUUUAAAAGCACAAGCCCGAGUGGCUGGCCUCAGCUGGUUCUGAGUGUGUAUGGUCCAGAUGUGUUUGGUAAUGAUGUGGUCCGAGGCUAUGGAGCGACACAUAUUCCCAUAACACCUGGAAAACAUUCAAGGACGAUUCCAAUGUUUGUUCCCGAACCCACAUGGAGAUUACAGAGGUUUACAAGCUGGCUGUUAGGACGGCGACCGGAGUACACAGACCCUAAAGUUGUGGCCCAGGGGGAAGGACGUGGAGUAACCCGUGUCCGAUCCCAAGGUUUUGUUACGGUGUCUUUCAACAUUAUGACUAAAGACAUGAAGAAACUAGGGAAGAGCCCACUGAGCACCACAGUGUCCGAAGGAGGUUUAUCCUGGAGGCAGAGGCAGGAGCAGCAGUUCGGCAGUGAGAUCGUCUCUGGACACAUGUAA